AGGACCUCUUACACUUAAUAGGAAUAUGCAAUCAAUAUACUUUCUGGGAUUAUGUCAUUUUGAAUAUUUUGAAAUCUUGAGAAAACGUUGAUAAAUCGUCAAAAGCUUGGAGCUUUUGAGAUGAUGGAAUGUCUAUUCGUUUUGAAGAGAAUUUGGUGGUGCUGUGUCUUUAUUCUUCCUUGGAGUACAAUAGAGGCGCAGAUUCGAUACACAAUUCCAGAAGAGCUAAGAGAAGGAUCUGUGGUCGGAAAUAUCGCUAAAGACCUCGGUUUGGAUUUAUCUAAGAUUAUAGAUCGUAAACUACAAAUAGCAACUGAGACUGGUAAGCAGUAUUUCGCCGUGGAUGUGGAAAAGGGUGAUCUUAUUGUGAAUGAGAGAAUUGAUAGAGAGGGUUUAUGUGGAUACAAUGUCCCGUGUGUUUUGCCUCUUCAAGCCGUUUUAGAGAAUCCUCUGCAGAUGCAUCGGGUUGAGAUUGAAGUACAAGAUAUUAAUGACAACACGCCCAAUUUUAAAUCUAAUGAGCGUAUAUUAAAUAUUCCAGAGUCUAUUAAUUCAGGAGCAAAAUUUCUCUUAGAGAGCGCUAUUGACUCAGAUGUACAGUCCAAUUCUUUAAAAUCAUACAGUCUGAGCAAUAAUGAACAUUUUGUUUUGAACGUGAAAACUCAAGAUGCAGUCAAAAUUCCAGAAUUGGUACUAAAACAACCUCUUGAUCGAGAAAAACAGGCUGUUCAUAAGUUAAUAUUGACAGCAGCUGACGGAGGGAAUCCAGUGCGCACGGGUACAUGUGAGAUCACUGUUGUCGUUUUGGAUAAUAAUGACAACGCUCCUGAAUUCGAGAAACCAUUUUACGAGACUGUUGUUGAUGAAAACGAAUCGAGUCAUAAAGAAAUUAUAAGAGUCAAGGCUAUAGAUUUAGACGAAGGGUUAAAUGGAGAGAUUGAAUAUUUCUUUGCAGACCAAACAUCAGAUACAGCAUUGUUUAAUAUUAAUCGACAAACUGGUGUCAUCACAGUUAAAGGACAGCUGGAUCAUGAAAAAGCAAGCCUACAUAAAUUUGAUAUAGUUGCAAAGGACAAAGGAAAUCCUCAAAUGGAGGGCCACUGCAGUGUAAAGAUAAAGGUUAAUGAUGUAAAUGACAACGCACCUGAUAUAAUCAUUACUUCCCUCUCAAGUCCGAUUCCUGAGAACUCCUCAAAUGGCACUGUCGUUUCUUUAAUUAGUACAAAAGAUGCAGAUUUAGGAGAGAACGGUAAAGUUAAACUUACGUUGGCCCCUGGAACACCGUUUAGAUUAAACCCUACAGCUUCCAAUCAUUACGUACUACUUACCAACGGUCCUUUAGACAGAGAGACUUAUUCUGAACAUAAAAUUGAGCUGAAAGCAGUUGAUGCCGGUUCACCACCGCUAUCUAGUGGAAAAACAGUCACAAUCGGAAUCUCAGACGUAAAUGACAAUCCUCCAAUGUUCGCUGAGAAGUCGUACACGGUUUACGCUAAAGAAAACAGCGCUCAUGACUCAAUAUUGUGCUCAGUCUCCGCCCAUGACCCAGACUUAGGCGAAAAUGCCAAAAUCUCCUACUCCAUUUUGGACUCUAAGGUUCAGGACGUUUCUGUAUCUUCUUAUAUCUAUAUAAACUCAGAAAACGGAAGUAUAUUUAGUAUGCAGUCAUUUGACUACGAGAAAAUCAAAGUGUUUCAGAUCCUCGUUCAAGCUAAAGAUCAUGGCUCUCCAUCUCUGAGCAGCAACGCCGCCGUUCAUGUGUUUAUUUCGGACCGGAACGACAAUGCACCUGCUGUCAUUUACCCGUCCACAUCCAUGGGGUCUGUCUCUCAUCAGAGAAUGCCCCGUUCUGCUAAAGCAGGACAUCUCGUUACUAAGGUAACAGCAGUGGACGCGGACUCGGGUCAUAACGCCUGGCUGUUCUACAGGCUCGCGGAGGCCACGGACGCGUCUCUGUUCAGUGUCAAUUUACAUACAGGAGAGGUGAGGACUAAACGCACUGUUUCAGAGCACGACGACUCCUCUCAGAGACUGCUGAUAGAAAUAAAGGAUAAUGGAGAACCGAUCCAGUCCACCACAGUCACAGUGGAAAUACUGAUAGAGGACAGCUUUCAUGAGCCCAUCUCAGACUAUAGAGAGAAAACUAUUGAGCCCAACAAAAAAACUGGCAAAAUUACAUUAUAUCUGAUCAUCUCUUUGGCUUCAGUGUCCUUGUUGUCUUUGGUGACGUUUUUCAUCUUACUGGUGAAAUGUGCACGAGGCAGUAGAAGCUGCUGUAUCAGGAGGACAAACUCUGAAUACAAGAACCCCAACAGAAACCUGCAGAUCCAGCUCAACACUGACGGGCCCAUUAAGUAUGUGGAGGUUCUGGGAGGAGACAUGAUGUCUCAGAGUCAGUCCUUUGGCUCCUAUCUCUCUCCAAUGUCAGAAUUCAGUGAUCUCACCCUCGUUAAACCCAGCAGCACCACAAACUUUACAGACACACUAAACGUGCUUGAUGCGUCAUUACCAGACAGCGCGUGGACGUUUGAGAGCCAACAGGUGAGCGCGUGA